CCUUACGUUUUCUAGAUGACGUCAUAGAAAUCUUUCGCGUUCUCUGCACAAGCCUGUGCUGUUCCUGACCAUAAAGAAAGUGGCAUUGAUUAAGAAAACAUCAAUACUUUGGAGAAUGUUUGUUGUGAAAACAAACGGCGUCAAAUAGAAGUCCAAGUCCUUGGCUUCGAUCCACAGGGAAGGUUGGUGGUGCUGUAUGUGUUCUUACAAGGGAAAUAACUCCACGAGAAAACACCUGCAAGAGUCGGCCCCGUGUGGAAGCUUAACAGGUGGUUUACAUCAGUUGGUCGAUGGACGACAGAUAAGAAUUGAUUGCUAUCGAUUGCAACCGAUCACUUCGAUAAGGACACUUCUCGUCAGAGUAACACAUUUCAACAAUCUAACUCUCAAAGGGAUCUUUCAAAAUGUGUUCUAUCGCUGGUAUUAAGGUCUUACUUUUCAUCGAGAACUUCAUAUUUUGGCUGAUUGGAAGUGGUCUCCUAGGGAUAGGUGUGUAUCUCCUAGUGGCUACUAGCUUACCCGGGAUUCUACAGUUCUUGCAAGGAGCUACGACCCUGUGCUACAUUGCCAUUGGUGCCGGUUCCUUCCUCUUUAUUCUCGGUCUUCUGGGAUGUUGCGGAGCUGCACAUCACAAUGACUGUCUCUUGAGAUCAUAUAUUCUUGUGCUGGUCUUGUUCAUACUGGCUGAGAUUGGAAUUGGCAUCUACGUUGGACUAGGCUUCGGCUCAGAGCAGUUGGAGAAAAUAUGGGAUGCCAGCGACGAGCAAAGCAAAGAGGUAGUCUACAGCACGUUCAAAUGCUGUGGAUUUAAUAAUCAAUUUGAAGCUCCGGGAUGUCUCCUUCAACAUCCUACCUUCCAGGUUGGCUGUUAUUCAAAGCUCAAGGCAGCGUUAGAAGAGCUGGACAUUGUGCUUAUCUGUGUGGCAGCUGCAGUUGCUCUGUUGCAGUUACUUGCAAUUAUCAUGUCAUGCUUCCUGGCCUGCAACAAAAAGGAAUACGUCGAAAACCAAGUCAUGCCGAUGCAAACACGAGGAGGCUACGACAAUGGCGGAUAUCGGUGAAUUGCAUCACAAGAAGGGAGAAAGCAGAUGUUAGCUAUUUAGAACAUAACGAAAUAUCCAAAUUAAUUACCAAAAAGAAAAACAAAGCAAAGAAUUUAAAGCCCAUUUGAAUUGUUGGUAAGCCCUGCACAACUUGUUCGUCUAUGUUUUAAGAUUUUAGUUGAUAAUAACAAAAUACUAUUACGGUAGGCUGAUUUAGUUUUCUUCUUGAGUGAAAUAUUGAACACAUAAAAGGUAAAUUUGUUCAUUUGUGUGCCUGAACCGUCUCAUAAAUUAUCCAGUGACGUCAACGCAACCUGGACAAGUACCAAACCUAUGUCAGCUAACCUACGCAUGCAAAUGUUCGGUCUCCCAACAUUGUUUUUGUUUUAUGUGAUGUGGUUUGCAAUAAUAGAGUAUCUUGGGAGCUGGGCAGGUUGGGAUAAUGUUUAUGAGACUUGAGCUUUAAAGUUAAAGUUCAAUUUCAAUAAUAUAAAUAGGGGCUUGACCGAUUAGAGCUUUGAAGAAAAUAGAUAUGACUAUUUACGUCUGGGGACAGACAUUUAACGUCACAGUACGACGAAAGACGUAUCCCAGUUUCGAACAGGUGUCUGUCUAAAACAGCACUGACGGUAUACCGCUAAACCAAACCAACUCAUAUAUCGCAUCUCAUGAGUACAACUCCAUCAUACUACGGUCUUAAAACAACCGUAAUAUGGCAUCCCUUUCAUUUUUUAACACUUCAUUUAUCGGAGACAAAAUGGGCAGAACGUUAAAAACAUCUUGCUCAUUUUGGCUGUAAAAAAAAAAGUUCAGUCCUAUUGCGCUUCGUUUGUUAUACAUUUUGCUUGUUGUCGUCAUAAUUCAGAUUUUAUGUGCCUUUAUUUCCUCUAAUGAUGUACAUUGUAAAGUGUUGUGUAUUGAUGCAGAUAAUUUUUUGACAAUCACAUUUAUUUUGACGUGUUUAUAUUUUGCCGUGCACUUUCUACAGUGAUAGUGAAUUGUAUUGAUAAAUAGUGCUGAUUGUAAAUAAUGUUUAUAAUAAUAAGGGGAAAAAAAAUCAUAUACUCAUAUUGAAAUUGCGUGUGUUCAUAUUGAUGCUUUCUAUGAUUAUAUGCUAGUAUCUACUAGUAUGUAUGGAAGUUUGCUUCAUCACCAAAACAUUAUGAUCACGAUUUUAUAUAGUACGAGCAAACUAAUGAAUUGCAAAUGUAGACCAGAGUCAUUUCAUAGUUGUUGUGUGUCUGUAUUUUAACAUCUUAGGGCUUUAAAAUAUGGGGGCUGACGUGUUGGAAAAUGUAGGCCAACAUCCUUUAUAUUUAGAUUGGUAAGGGGCGACCCUUACCUCAUAUUUUCUUAAUUUGUUCAGAAUUAAUUGUACACGUUGUCAGACCUACAUGUGUAUUGCGGCAAACUAAAUUAUGUACAAAAACGUACAGAAUUAUUCUUUGUGAUAAUAUAACUGCUGGGUCAAUCUUUUUCUUCAACUUUGAUAAUUUAAACGUAGGUAUAACAGAUAUUCGAGUGGAAAUCGGGUAUCAUAACCUCUCUAUUACACAGCAAAAGAUAGCGCUGUGGCACACUUUAAACGUCAUGUAUUCUGUAAAAAUUGUGCUUUUAAUAUAUCUCUAAUUGUUAUUUGAAUAAUAAACUCUGCAGUGUCUUUCAGAUUUUCACCUGUAA